UGAACGCGUUCUGAAAAUGCGAUUCAACCAGAAAGAACUUGCUUAUAUAGCUUCAAGAAACGAUAUAGCGUUUGACAAAGAAGGCGUACUCUGGCUUAAGGAAAAGCAAGGGCAUUUUUGGUCGCAAAACGAAGUCUACACAGAGAGAUGGUUCCGCUUAAAGGGGAAUAUUCUUUUUUAUUUCAAAAGUAAAGACAAGGCAUCUGAGCCUGCAGGCGCUAUUGUCCUGGAGAGAUGCAGGGUCCAGAAAGCGGAAUUGUCCGAAAAAAAGCAUGCUUUUACAAUAGUGUUUGAUGAAGAUGACAGUCAGCAAUACCAGCUGGGAGGGAAGUCAUCCAAAGAUGCAGACGAAUGGAUUGAAAAGAUUAAAAAUGCAAGUUAUGAAAGUCUAAGAAACAAGUUGCUAAAUUUGAGGAAACAAUUGAUGGAGAUUACUGGCAAGGAUCCCUUACCAGAAUACCAUCCUCUUGCCCUUCAAGAGCCUCUGAAACCAGGCAUCAGUCAGUACUCUUCCACAAGCUCUGCAUCAGACACAGAUGAAACACCUCUGCUGGAAAUGUGCAUUGCAUGCAAUGGCCUUAUCAGCCCUAUACCAGACAGGCUCCCAAAUGCAUUUGUUGAGAUAAGAACUAUGACUCCGCCCUCUGUCUCAUGGAGCAAGCAUGCACAAACCGAGAUUAUAGAGCAAAAGUCAGACCCAUACUUCCUGACUACUGUAGUGUUCCCAUCAAAUGGAACCAUUCAAGAUGUGACGAGAUUAAAGCUUGCUGUGUUUGAUGUCCGGGACAGAGAUAAAGAAGAGAUGAUUCUGCUUGGCCAUUCAAUGUGUACCAUAAGGGAUAUUGUAUCAUCUCCUGAUAAGAAAUUAGUGCUCAGCCUGACGUCUCUGGAUACCUCAGUACCAUGCGGGACUGUCACACUACUUGGCUGGCAAGUAGAACCAGUAAAACCAAGGACAGAAUCCCAGCUUUCAAUAGAUGGUGAUGAUACCCCUCAGGGAAGACGCAACAGUGGCAAAGCCAUGGUUCUGGUUGACCAAAUACUCACUAGGAGUUACCGUUUCCCCACAAGGACUCCUGGGAAGAUUUUGAAGGUGGUGGAAUUGAUGGGAGAGAGCAUGCUGUCAUUUAAGAUCCCCAUACAACUUCUAAAAAUAUACAUAGCUGAGGAGCAACAACGAAUUCUUGAGCUUCACCAUCUUGGAGAUCUGAACCCAGAUUGGGAGGCAUACCGUCAGGAGAUAAUUGAUAACCACUUCAAGCUGAUCUGUAAUUACAAAGGAGACCUUCGCGACUUGAUGCCACUACAAGUUGGCAAUAACUUCAAAGCAAGCAGACUAAGAGGAAACAAAAAGCUAGCAACAAUCCCAGUUAACCUCCAUAUUCAGCGAAUGCGUGUUAAUGAUGGCUCUGGUGAAGGCAAAGUAUAUGAUAUCAGUACUGUGGGUGCAUUUACUGCACACACUCUCAAGUUUGGUCAGGGUGGGCUAAGGAGAAUGACAGCGAUGCUGAAGAAAUCACAACAGAGUGGCAGUGAAGGUGAAAAUAGGGCUGCACAAGUAAAAAAGUCACGAGCCAACUUAGAAAAACUUAAAGUCACCAUCACACAUCUAUGCCAAAAGCUAAAAACAGGCAUCAAGACGGCCAAUGUUUCAAACAUCUUGGACACACAGUCCAGCUUAUCAGACAAGGCCAAUCACCUUCUCAUAUUACGCGAGGCGUCGAUUGUCAAGGAGUCCUUGGCCACUCUGAAGAAGUCGGUCCCCAAGCCUGAUGACCCCCACCAAGGUGGUGAUUCAACUGCUGACGGGCAAUGGAACGUGACUGCAUUCUCCAAUGACGAAGCACAGGAAUUGUCCAAGUUGGUGGAACAAUGUCUGCUACUAAUCCAAGCCCAUGUGAACAGCAUGAUACAGGGAACCCAACCUCCUGAAAACACGUCAUGGACAGAUGCUAUCACUUCAGAAAUCCACGAUUUCUCACGGGCAGUGGAAGGACUCUCCAAAGAAAUCUACCUUGCCUUGAUAUUUGCUCAACUACAGGAGGACUCAAAGCACAUUCCCUUACUUUACGCGAUCAAGAGAAGACAAGACAUCGUGUUUGCUCACGCUGUGACCUCCUUGAUAGCUGGCUUUGUAAGCAAACUCUACACAGACCUCAGCAAUCCUUUAUUCUGGAAACAAAUCGUCCAAAUCGGCUUCCUAGUCCACUUUGAAAGCCUUCUCAGCACCAGUGGCGAUGAAAUGGGUAUGCUGGAGGACAUGUGUGUUGGGGUGCGCUGUCUCACAAAUGUCAAGUUCAAGAUCAAGAAAUCGGAUCGUGAUGACGAGAUUCCGGCCCUUAGUGGAAACAGGUCGUUCAUCCAGGUCAGCAUCCCUGUGCACGUGGACUCGUUCCAGCUCCUUCCCCGGCUAGUGCAGCAAGGGCAGCUGAUUAAAGUGACCCCAGUCCUUUUUACUCAAGGGAUCAACGAGCAGGCCACACUAGCGGAAAGGUUCGGUGAUACCACCCUGCAAGAGAGCAUCAAUGGCGACAACUACAGCAUCCUGAAUUUCUAUUUCCAACAGUUCAAGGAAAAGUUCCCAGAAUCAGCCGAAUCCCCGCGUCCCGAGUCCAUGUCUCUGGCCUCGCUUAUGGAGCAGCUCAAAGCGAGCGUGGAAAGUAAGAAGAGCAAGAACGUCGACAUCUUUGCCAUUAGUGAAGAGAUCUGCUGGAGAAUGAACGGGGCUCGUUUCACGAGCUGUAAGAGCGCCAAGGACCGUACAGCGAUGGCUGUGACCCUGGAACAAGCAGUUAUCCUCAAACAUGAGCAUGACAUGGAUCCGGAGUUCUUCCAGCAAGCGCUAGAUGCAAUGAGAAGUGAGGGGACAAGGCGUGAAAACACGUAUAAAAACGCGGGCAUCCGGAGAUACGCCUUCAACUACUGGCAGGUAAAGGCUCUACCCAACCUCUACCGACCACCCGAGGGGACUUACGGCAAGAAUGUACAGACGUGAUACACUACUUGACCCAACCGACUCCCUUAUGGGACCCCCAACGGGCAAGAAUAUACAGACGUGAUACACUUCUCGACCCAACCGGCUCCCUUAGGGGACCCCAAAGGGGCAAGAAUGUACAGACGUGAUAUACUGAUAAACCCAACCGACCCCAUGAAAGAACCUAUGGCAUACAACAAAAUAUCUGCUGACUCCCUGAGGGUACAGUGUACAGACGUGAUACACUACAUUACCCAACCGACCCCACGAGGGGACCCUCUUAGGGGACGUAUGGCAUUCAACCAAACCUCUACUGACCCCCCGAGGGGACAACCGAUGCCCUGAGGGGAAGCAUUGCAUACAGUCCAACCUCUACCGGACCCCUCCCUACCCGGGGAGAUUUGCGGCAAGAAUAUACAGACGCGAUAUACUACUGUACCCCGAAGAGAAAUAUCGUAAAGAAAUUGUAGACGCAAAUAUGUUACUUCUUCUAAGAAUACAGAUAGCAGCUAUCCCGACCUUAGUACCGUCUGAUAAAUCAGGAGAGGAGCUCCUUUACCUAGUCUUGUUAAACCACGUCUCAGGUUAACAAGGGCGUCUAGUCCCUUCACUGAUGUUACUAAGAAGCGCUCGACCAUCUCGCGACUUGAACGAUAUAGGAACAAUAUAGGGACACUGCGUUUUAGUUAUGGACAGGUCCCUUAGCACUUCCCUUCAUGUGCACAUACAUGACGUGAACAACCGUGAGGCGGAAUGGAAUGUACAGUAAGUAUAGUAAACUAACAUUAAAUAAAAUCGAAAUGAUUUUAAUUUCUUUAAAAAGCCAUCGCGGAUGUAAAUAAAAUCAUACAAAUGUAUAGCGAUAAACAAAUAAUUUUGUAUAUUUAAGAAUAUGCAAUAAUUUGGCAAAUAAUUUUUUUAUGGCUUACAUAGUUAUAAUACGUAGUUUAUUUUGAGUCUACAUUCCUGUCUGUUCAACACCAGUUCAGCACUAAUUUAUAACAACAGAACUCUCCAGGUUUUAGCAGUAAUCGGUCGAUAAGGGUUUCUAUCAAUGACUGCGUUUCUAUACGUUCAUCUAUGACACAGCGCCGAGUGAUGGCUGUAUAAAUUUUAUCGGCGUUUGCUUGACUGUGUAUUUUUACAUCUGAGUGCGCAUCGUUCGAAGUAACGCGAUAAAUCCAUUUCACACCAGACAAUGGCUCUGAAUCGUCUUGUGAUGCUUAGAUACGCAAAUAGAUGAUUGUACAUAGCGUGGCUACAUUUUCUUUUCAGUAGCAUUUUGUUCAGCAUAUCCUACCUUUCACGCUUUCUGUCUUAUUCACAUAUCGUCUUUUGUUAUAUCAAGCAAAUUGCAGUUCUAUAAAAACAACAUCGUCUUUCGUCUUCAUCACAGUUUAAAUUUGUAACCAAGAUUCGCUAUUAGUGUAUUUGCGAGGUAGAUUCUCCAUACAGUGGGUGGUACGAUUUACACUUCUAUUAUCGCCGACUCCCUAUGUCAUUGUCAAUUCCAUUAUCUGCAAAGCAAAAAUAAAACACCCGAGUGGUCUUAAAAA